AUGGCUCUCUUCGUCGUCCUCUCAUUACUCCUGGUCCAAUACGGCGCCAUUGCGGCAGCCGCCGCUUUGGCCGUCGACACACUGUUCCGCGUCGAUUUCUCCACGGACGAAUUCGGCGGCUGUAGGACCGCUGGGCGUACCGCAAUUCAAAACAUGCUGGAUGAAGCCGAAACUUUGGCUGGAGUCGGAGUUCAGCUAGUGGACAACUACGGCCAAACAAGUGGCGAGGCCAAGCGACUCCUCGAUGUAUUCGUAAACGGUAACACGGACGCGCAUAGAACUACCAUGAAAAAUUACUUUUCGGGCGUUCAAGCCUUCCUCGCUAGAAACGAGAACGUUCCUAACGGUGGCAAGCCGUACCUAUUCUGCAGCGAUACGUGGCUGGACAAGAAUACUCUCAAGUCAGAGGCAAGAGACAGUGAAGGAAAUAGCUUCCCGAAGGGCGAUCUGUCCGGCUUGCCGGCCUUGAUCGAGAACGUGCCAGCAUACAUGGACAAGCGGAAUCAAAACCCCAGAACGCUCAGAACUCCAUAUUGGAGCUUUAUACACAAUCAGUACCUUUUCGAUGCCUACUACUCCUCCAAGGGCGGCUUCUGCUCCAAAGACGAGAACAUCGCCGUCACGUCCGAUCUGUUGCUUCCCGCGACCGUCACUCUCUGCCCCAAGCUCUUUCGGCAGCCGGUCUCCGGGUUGGGCGUCCAGAUCACCCCGCUCACCAGUAGCGUUAUUCCCUUGAGACCCAGAGAUAUACCCAACAAUGCUCAGAGGCUUUCCGACAUACUGCCCUCUUCGACGACGUUGUACCACGAACUCUUUCAUCUCAUUCACGGCAGCGCUAAUACCUACCCGGCUGGCGGGGAGAAGUACACCAUCAUCGAUCUGGGCAAGCUGUCGGCGGACGAUGCCCUCGCUAAUCCCGAGACGUACGCCGCCGUGUCCAUCGCGUACUGGUACACGCUUAACGUUGCGCCCGUCAACAACAACCGGGUCGAGUUCUACGGCUUCUUCGCUACACGUGGAUGA